ACGGUGACGACGGCGACAGUCACUGACAGUAAGCGGUCGGCGGCAACGAGAAGGAAUCCCGCCCGCGCCGCUCCAGUUCCGACUUCCGUGUUCGUCGUAUUGGUGUCCGCGAUUGAUCGUGAUUCGUGCGGCGGUGAAACACGUGCUUAUGCAAAUUACACGAAGCGACUCCGUCGCCUUGGCUCAAAGAACACGCUGGCUCAAGUCAAGAGAAGAGACAUUUGAAUAAUAAAAGUGAAACCUCUAACCCCUCUCCACGGAGGUUAUCACAGGAUCUGGGUUCCAAAACUCAACGCAUGGUACCUUUUCUUAGGUCGAAGAAUCAAGCAGGGGCAUAAUAAGAAGAAAGAAAAAGUCAAAAGAAAGUCAGAACGAUUUUACUUUGACGUCACGAGAGUCAAGAUGAUAAUUCUUUAUUACAAAAUUUGACCGUUUAUCGACGUUAAGAAUCAAGAUAAAGGGAUUUCGAUCAUUUUGUUGACUUUUGUGUUCCCUUUCCCUUGGGUACCGCCGUCGGCCUGUCACUCGUUGCUCCUCGCUCGCUCGGUGACGCCGCAUCUAUCGGAGCAGGGCCGAAGCCCGGAGGUGGAGGAUGCCUGCGUCAUCGUGUAUCAUCGGCGAGAUCGAUCGUGAAACAUGAUCACGCCGCCUUACUUAUAUCCGCCGCAUUUACCCGUCUCGCUCGCGCGUCCAUCGGUGACUCCUCGACGAAGGUAGAUCGCCCUGGUGAUCUGGGCAGGCCGGCUCUACUUUAAUGGAUGGAGAGAAAGAUUGUCAACGGAAGAAAGAGGCCCGGGACGAUGCGCCGUCGCCGGGUGCUAUCCCGUUCGCGUCAGGGGAGGAAACGGAUUGGGAGGGCAUGCUCAACACGGAGCGGCAGCGGGGUGACCUCGGGGACAUGACGUUCUGCAUGGCCAAUUACCUGAAGGAGACUAUGAAGAUGAUGUUUAUGAUGCGCAGCCAUCAUAUGCUGACUGACGUGAUACUGGAAGUCGGUACCGAACUGUUCCACGCACAUAAAGUUAUUUUAGCAGCAGCUAGUCCCUACUUUAAGGCAAUGUUUACUGGAGGAUUGAAGGAAUGCGAGAUGACAAGAGUAAAGCUCCAGGGUGUUUGUCCAACUACAAUGGCUCGCUUAAUGUACUUCAUGUAUACUGGUCAAAUAAGAGUUACUGAGAUUACUGUAUGUUCGCUGCUAUCAGCAGCUACUAUGUUUCAGGUUAGCAAUGUGAUAGAUGCGUGUAGUGUUUUUCUGGAAAGACAACUCGAUCCCACGAACGCGAUUGGCAUCGCAAACUUUGCUGAGCAGCACGGUUGCCAUGACCUGUACCAUAAAGCAAAUCAAUUCAUUGUUCAGCACUUUAACCAGAUAUGCCAAGAGGAGGAGUUCUUGCAACUGUCCGCCAUACAGUUGGUGACGCUCAUCAGAAAGGAUGAGUUAAAUGUACAGGAGGAAAGGGAGGUUUACAACGCCGUGCUAAAGUGGGUUAAGUAUAACGAGGAAGCGAGGCGACCCAAGAUGGAGCACAUACUGCAUGCGGUACGCUGCCAGUAUCUUACGCCGAACUUUCUGCGGGAGCAGAUGAAAAAUUGCGACGUGCUGAAGAAGGUGCCGGCGUGUCGCGAGUAUCUGGCGCAGAUCUUUAAAGACUUGACGUUGCAUAAGAAACCGGUUGUGAAAGAGCGUACGCCUAACACGCGGCGAGUAAUAUACAUCGCCGGUGGUUUCUUCAAGCACUCGCUCGACGUUCUGGAAGGCUACAACGCCGAUGACAAGGCGUGGACGCAACACGCCAAGCUCAUCGUUCCCAGAUCCGGUUUAGGCGGUGCGUUUCUCAAGGGGAUGUUCUAUGCAGUCGGUGGGAGACACAAUUCACCAGGAAGCAGGUACGACAGCGACUGGGUUGACAGGUAUAAUCCAAUGACGGAUCAAUGGCGACCAUGCAGCCCGAUGUCGGUACCAAGGAAUAGGGUCGGAGUCGCCGUUAUGGACGGUCUGUUGUAUGCUGUGGGUGGCAGCGCAGGCGUUGAAUACCACAAUAGUGUCGAAUGCUAUGACCCGGAUCAAGAUACGUGGACCAGUGUGAAAUCCAUGCAUAUCAAGAGAUUAGGCGUAGGAGUAGCAGUAGUGAAUAGAUUGCUCUACGCGAUCGGUGGCUUCGACGGCAAGGACCGGCUCAGCUCAGUGGAGUGUUACCAUCCUGAGAAUGAUGAAUGGACGAUGGUAUCGCCUAUGAAGUGCAGUCGCUCAGGAGCUGGUGUGGCCAGUCUGGGCCAGUAUAUAUACGUUAUAGGCGGAUACGACGGGAAAUCGCAAUUGAAUUCGGUAGAAAGGUACGACACGGAGCACGACAUAUGGGAGAACGUGAGCAGCGUCACCAUCGCCCGCAGUGCUCUUAGCGUCACCAUUCUUGAUGGCAAACUAUAUGCAAUGGGAGGAUACGAUGGUACAACGUUUUUAAAUAUAGUAGAAAUUUACGACCCGGUCCAGGACCAAUGGGCCCAAGGUGUGCCUAUGACAUCAGGAAGAUCCGGCCAUGCUAGUGCAGUGUCGUAUUAUCAGUGUCCUAUACAUUGUGAUCAUUUGGAUUAUAAUAUCUCGCUAGAGAAACCGCCGUCGUGAUACACGGAACUGAUACACUUUUUAGGAGACAUUAAAAAACAAAGAUAGUCAAAUUUUUUCAUUUGUGAAACAAACUGGGACUUUAAAAUACAGUGCGGAAUAAAGUUCCAUACACUGGAACUGUGUGAUAUAAACUGGAAAGAAUGAGGGAUAUAAAUUAUCCUUCAAUCGUUCGUAAUCGAAUUGAGCAGUGUAUCAUAUAAUACUUAGACGACACGUGACACGUGUCAUCGAACCGGACCAUAUUUGGCUAGAAAAUUGCAACUAGCCAAUUGAAAGCACUUUCUCGACAAAAGGAAUUAACUUUUAUUAUUUUGCAGUUUAUUGAAGGACCAAUUUAUCUUAUUCAUUAGGAUAAAUGCGA